GAUUGCAAUGAGACAAUGAUCCGAAUGGGGACUGCCGGAAAACUGUGGGUCCAGAACCGGGAGAGCAGAGAGGAAAAAGGGGCAUGAAUUGGUGCACCCCUGUCUCCCCACAAUGUAGGUCAGUCUGCAGUUUGUAACUUGUUUUUAUGAAUGAGCCAAAUGACCGGGAGUGAACCCAGGGUUAGCUCUGGGCUGUAUCUGACUGAGACACGAUCCGCUCUCCCUCCAACAUCGAGUUUUACCAAAUGUUUCUCAGCAGCUUCUCGGUCUCCUGUCAGUGUCUGACCCUGAUCCUGAUCGCAGUCCCGGUCCCGGUCCCGGUCCCGGGAAAGGAGCUGCAGGGACACAGCUCCCAGAAACUACUCCCCCCGCUGCUGCUGCUGCUGCUGCUAAAUGUUGUUGCUGCUGUUUCAGGUGACACGCCUGUCCCAGUUUCUGGGUUCCUUGGGGAGCAGGUUGUGCUGCCCUGUACCUACAAAGGGAAUGGCUCAGUCUCUGAUUUAUGGGUAAUCUGGAGGACACCCAAGAUGGAAACUUUAUAUGAGUUUCUCGAUGGGAGUGAUGAUUUGGCCCAACAAGAUCCACGGUUCAGAAACAGAACAAACCUGUUCAAAGAUCAACUGGAACAAGGCAACUGGUCAGUUCUGAUCUCUGACCUCAGGGAGACAGACCAGGAUGAGUAUCAGUGUUACAUUCACAAGAGAGUCAGUGUGCACCAUUUUUUGGAGCAGCGUGAUCGUGUCUAUCUGUCUGUAAGAGUUCAUUCAACCCAAGGCCAAAGUGAAACCCCUGAAGCAGGUCAUGGUGAGCGACUCAAUACAACUGAAGGUCCUGGACUCGCCACUGGAGCAAGAGUUGGAUUGGGAAUUGGGAUUGCUGCUGGGAUUGGUGCUGGAAUUGUGGGUUACAUUGUCCUCAAGCGACAAAGAAGGAAACAAAAUCUACACAAGAUGGCAGCAUCAAAUGGUGACCCUAUGAGAGAGAUGACCUGUUCAGGUGAAGCACGGAGCCUUGUACCAACAGCACCUGAGCAUCAGGAUGGAGCGGCAGGAGAACGAAACCUUCUGGGGAAUGGGGCUGUCCAGCACUGACUGAGUUUCCACCACACUGAGCGUGGCUCAGGGAGGGGGAAUCAGCCCAGUGUUAAGGGGAUCGAGUGAAUCGUGGUGGAAAGUCUGAGUUUAAGAUUGGGAUCAACAAUCACUUCCUGCUUUGCACAAACCCUUCUGAACAGCACAAUCUCAGGAGGUAAACUCCCAGUGGGAGUGUUAUCCCAAUACUAGAAAAACUGUCCAUUUCAUCCUCUGUAUUAUAUCAGCAUUACUGUUACAGUCUGUGUCCAAACACUGUCUCAGGGUUCAGCUGUGUAACCCUGUGUAAUGCUAAUCCUGUGAGAUAUUUUUCACAGGUAAUUUCUUUAUUCUUAAUUAAGAACUUGUUCUCAGUGUGAGUGAUGCUGCCAGGGCCCCAUUUAUUGUCCAUGUGACCUUGACUCACUGCAGUCUUUGGAGUGAUGGUGCUCCCACAGCGGGGAACACAGAAAGUGGCUUCAGAAACUCCCACUGCAGCAGCGCCUACUGGGCAAAGCCAGGAACACACUAUUGCCUGCAGUAUUGUCAUGUAGUGGAGGUAUUGAUCAUGUGUUGAUCUUAUGCAGAUAUGUCCUGUAUGUUUAUUUAUGACUCUUGUUUACAAAACAAGAUGGUAAAUAUUUUAUAUGCAGAUAUUUCUAUAUUUUUAUCCUGGAUAUUUCUUACAUUUCUACCUCUGCUUUUUGUUCUGAGCUGUGAUUAAAGAAAAGCUGCCUACAGUCUGAUGUUUAUUGACACUGCGGUCACUGCAUGAACAGAGGGGCUGCUGUCUACAGGCAGUAAGCCCCUGAUACGACUUGGAGAGAAUGGAAUUGGCUGAAGACUGGGAUCAGUGAUGAUGGGAAUCUCAGGAGGAGCAGGAACAUUUAUCCAGUCGGUGUUCCUGGCUGGAGAUGUUCUGUGAACUCUUCAGUCUUUGACAUUGUGCCAAGGGGAGGUACAUAGGAGCAGGAGUCG